UGAUUUCUUUGCUUUUAACCAGCUGUUAAUAUAACAGGUUUAGUGAAUUCUACACGUGCAAAACGAUUUUUAUAUUACUUUUAUACUUUUUCUUUGGUUCGAAAAAAAACGUUGGUUGAAUAUAAUUAUAUCUUCAUUCUAGAUUUUGUUGGUUUAAUAACAAAAACUUCCUGUUUAUCUUAUAGCUUUGAAAGUUUCUUUAGACAUAUAAAUCAAUCGGAAGAACAAAAAGCGAUCGAUUCAAACUCAAAUCGAAUCAGUCAGCCGUUUGAUUUCUGAAAACUGAAGUGAAAAAUGGCAUCCACAUCCCGGUCCCAAAUUUCGGUCCAAAGACGCCUCGACUGUCCCGGCUGUGGUGAGGAGCUGAAUGGAAAUGUACCGGAGCUUCCAUGUGGCCAUUGCGUUUGCCGAAGUUGCGCCAAGGAACUUGAGUCCCAGAGUGUUCAGAAAUGCGCGAUGAUGAACUGUGCGAGCAACAGAAAUGCGUUUGAACAGCGUAUUAAAUUCUCCAAUCUACCUCAACGAUCGGUUGUUGACAUCGAAAACAACAGCAUGGGGCUACCUCCACCCUAUCAAG